UCUUCCUACUUGCAGCUCACUUGUGAUGUUGGUGUUUCAAUAAACAAAAACAGCUUGGCAGAACAUCAUGGAAUACACUCUACUGUGCAACUUCAUACUGAUGUUAUUUGUGUUAUGCAGUUACUUUUUAUAUGCAAAGGGGAUUGAAUACUCGUGUAAAGAAAAUUUAAAAAGAGGAGAGCUCUUUGUUGAUUGUUCAAACAAGGGUUUAGUUAACUUAAUAUUUUCUGGUAUUCCACAAGUGCCAUCGAACGCGUUUUCUCUGAACUUGCAACACAACAGUAUUUAUAUAAUAAGGAAUAAAGAUUUAAGACAUAUGACAAAUCUUACAGUGCUGGAUUUAUCCUACAACAGGCUAUCUUAUAUAUCUGGAGAUGCUUUUGAUGGACUCGAGAAACUGCAGCAACUCAGACUCAAUAAUAACGAGCUGGAUUACAGGCAUUAUGAAACCACCAGUAGUUUUCAGCCACUGAAAUCACUGAAACUACUUUCAAUUGAAAACAAUGCACAUUUAUCUUAUUUUCCAGAAGAAGCAGUUGCAUAUUUAACAAACCUGGAAAUUUUUAAGGUGGAUUUACCAAAAUCUGCAUCAAUUUCUAUGCUACUAAAUUUAGGAAAAGAGUACCGUAACCUUACUCACCUGUAUUCACUCUAUUUAUAUGGUGAAGGUAAUGAAUACCUAUAUUUAACUAUGAACUGCUUUCAAUAUACACCUAACUUAACACAUUUAUACAUCUUCCAUUUUCAAUCUGUUAUAAUUAAUAAUUUUACAAUUUCAAAACUAGAUAACUUAAAAUUGUUACAAAUUGAUUAUCAUCAUGGUCCUCAAUUUGGUGAAGAAAGUUUUGAACACCAACAACUUGGUCCUAAUUUUAUUCAUGAACUAUAUUUUUCACCCAUUGAAAUUCUUAUAAUACAAAAUUUCUUGCCUGAUGAUUACAAACGUGAAUUAUUUUUAUACUGUGUAUGGGACAUAUUGAAUGAAUGUUUGAGCAGAUCUGUUCGUCAAUUACAUUUAACAAAUAUCUUGGAUUUAAACAAAAUGUGUGUUCCUACACAAUCAGUAUUUCAUGCACCAACAAGUCUUCAAAUUCUUAAUUUGACAGGGAAUAACUUAACUUGGAUAUCUUUAAAUAUUUCCUCUGUUGUAACACUAGAUUUAAAACAUAACAGACUAAGACAUCACUUGGAAAACAAUAGUUAUUUGAUAACCCAAACAAGUAAACUUGAAAACAUAUAUCUGUCCCAUAAUCAAAUAUACCAGCUCAAUACAGACAUAUUUAAAGGUCAGCCUUAUCUUAAACAUAUUGAUUUAAGUUUUAAUAGUCUUUCAAAUAUCAGUUUUGAUCCUUCUAAUUUAGAAAACUUACAAAUUUUAAAUCUCACAAACAACAAAAUUGAAUUCUUUAAUGGAAUCUUCAUGAAAAAUCUUGAUAUACUUCUUAAGAAAAACAACAAAACAAAAAUUGAUCUUUGUAACAACCCACUUAUAUGCACAUGCUACACAGUUUCAUCUUUAAAAUGGAUGUUGCAAACUCGGCAACAUUUUAUAAAUUUUUCUCAAUACCAAUGCACUUAUGAAAAUGGAACCAGAUCAAAAGCCAAUUCAUUUGAAAAAGUUAUAAUGUAUCUUGAACAAGAGUGUUUUAAACUCAAACCAAACACAAAGCAUACUUUUAAGUUGACCCUAAGUGUGUCAUUGACUGUUUUUGGCAUUAUCACAGCUAUGAUCCUUUCCUCAGCUGUAGUUAUCUAUAAAAGAUGGAAACUCCGUUAUCUGUACUAUACAGCUAAAAUGAAAUAUACUUCUAUACAGAAUAAGGAUGAUGACUUGAGUGAAUAUGAUUAUGAUGCAUUCAUAUCGUACUCUGAUGAAGAUCGAAUGUUCGUUAUUAAUGAUUGCAUCAAAAAUCUGGAACAAGACAGAAACUUAAAGCUGUGUAUUCAUGAAAGAGAUUUCAUGCCAGGUCACGAUAUAACAAACAACAUUAUACGAGCAAUCCAAACCAGUCGUAAAACAAUAUGUAUCAUAACUAGAUCUUUUUUAAAGUCUGAUUUUUGUAUGUUUGAGCUAAAUAUGGCAAAAAUGGAAAGUACUCAUUCCAGAAACGGGAAAAACAUCCUUGUUCUUGUGUUCAAUGAGAAAUUAUCAUCGAAAGAUUUGCCUCUCCAUUUGUAUGAACAUAUUCAGAAACAGUCAUAUAUUCAAUAUCAAAACAACGAAAUAGCCAAUGCAUUUUUCUGGGAAAAAAUCAAUGACGCUAUUUAUGCAUAAUUCUUGGACAAACAUGUACUCAUGAAUGUAUUUUCGAAAUACAAAAUGUAAAAAAAAUACUAAUCUUCAAAGUAAAUAAAUCUAAAUAUUCAUAGUGGAAAAAUAUGAAUGACUAAAAAACAGUAAAGGUCAAAAGAUAUGAAAAAGUGAAUUGUAUCUGCACUAACUGACAUAGAAAAGAAAAAAAUAGAAGGAAUUAGCAAAGUUUAAAGCACUUAACCUCAAGUAUAUUCAAGGAGCGUAACUAUGAAAUAAUUGACACUUAUCACUUACGGUUAAACUGAA